UGUUGUGAGCGGCGUGUAUAGUCCCGCACAGCGGCUCCUUUAAGUCCGGGGAGCCACCCCUGCCGCCCCGCCUCCGGCCUCGGUUUAGCUGGCGGCGGGGCUGGGGCCGCGCGAGCCGAGAUGGAGCUGCACAUCCUAGAGCACCGGGUGCGGGUGCUGAGCCUCGCCCGCCAGGGUCUCUGGCUCUACACCCACCCUCUCAUCAAGCUGCUCUUCCUGCCCCGCCGUAGCCGGUGUAAAUUCUUCAGCCUGACGGAGACCCCCGAGGAUUACACGCUCAUGGUGGACGAGGAGGGCUUUAAAGAGCUGCCCCCAUCGGAAUUUCUGCAAGUGGCUGAAGCCACCUGGCUGGUGAUGAAUGUAUCGUCGCACAGUGGUGCAGCAGUGCAGGCUGCUGGGGUCACUAAAAUUGCUCGCUCAGUCAUCACGCCACUGGCCGAGCACCAUGUAUCUGUGCUGAUGCUAUCCACUUACCAGACAGACUUCAUCCUGGUGCGGGAGCAGGACCUGUCUGUGGUGAUCCACACUCUGGCCCAGGAGUUCGACAUUUACCGUGAAGUGGGUGGGGAGCCUGUACCUGUUGCCAGGGAUGAUUCCAGCAACGGCUUUCCUCGUGCCCAGCAUGGGCCCAGCCCCACAGUGCAUCCCAUUCAGAGUCCACAGAACCGCUUCUGUGUUCUCACACUGGACCCUGAGACACUGCCAGCCAUCGCCACCACCCUCAUUGAUGUCCUCUUCUACUCUCACAGUGCCCCCAAGGAAGUGGCCCCAGGCAGUCCUGAGCCCAGCUCCAUCCAAUUCUUCGCCUUCUCCCUCAUUGAGGGCUACAUCUCUAUCGUCAUGGAUGCUGAGACACAAAAAAAAUUCCCUAGUGACCUCCUGCUGACCAGUUCCUCAGGCGAGCUGUGGAGGAUGGUGCGCAUUGGUGGACAGCCCCUAGGCUUCGAUGAAUGUGGGAUUGUGGCCCAGAUUGCGGGUCCCCUGGCUGCUGCUGACAUCUCUGCAUACUACAUCAGCACUUUCAAUUUUGACCAUGCCCUGGUGCCUGAGGAUGGUAUCAACAGUGUCAUCGCAGUCCUCCAGCGAAGGCCAGAGAGCCUGGCCUCCUAAGGCCUGUAGGGAUCAGUGCAGAAUCCCAGAUCUUCUGGGUUUCCAGAGACUUCUCUAAGCUAUUUCCUCAAGCUCUGGGAUGAUUUCCCCUGUUCCUGGCGGGGGAACCCUCAUUCCACUCUCUGUAUGUAAGCUGUGUGCUGGCACCGGCUCUCGUGGACACGUGUACACGCACAGGUGGAAUGGGCAGGUGCUAGCCCGACCGUGUGUCUACCCGUGCGGGGAACAUGGUGCUCUGGGGCUUAAGCCCCCAACCCAUCAUUCCCUGUAGUGGCCUCGGCAUUUGCACAGUCCCUGCCUGAGGCCUGAGCCAUCCCCCUCACCUCCCCUGAGGGACAGCUGCCCCCACUGGGCAGGGUCCCAUGUCUGGCUGGAUUGCUUCCAGUCAGGCAAAAUCUUGACAGUGCCUCCCCCCUCCUGGGGCUUCCAAGAAAAGUGUUUUUACUUCUGUUUCACUCUCUUUCUCUCUUUUUUAAAAAAUCAUCUGUUAA